UCUUCGCAACAGGUAAUGCGUCCUCUCUUUCAACUGCACCAUAUAUAUUCCUCCUCUCUUCUCCAACAUCCCAUCCAAACUACUCAAUACUUGAGCUUCUCUUAACAAAGAAAUACUUCUAGUAGAUAAAGGAAACAAUGUCUCCGCUCACUUCCAAUUCGGCCCAUCUCAUUUUGAAACUCUUUCUAGUUAUUUCUUUCUUUAAUGUGUGUUUUGCUUCGAGAAAACUCACUGCUUUAGUCCAAGACCCACAGAUGCAGCUCUUAAAGUACCACAAAGGUGCACUUCUUUCUGGCAAAAUUAAUGUUAAUCUGAUUUGGUAUGGCAAAUUUAAGCCAUCCCAAAGAGCUAUUGUAUCCGAUUUCAUCACUUCUCUUUCCACUUCGACUCCGUCUAAUGUCUAUCCUUCUGUUGCCCAAUGGUGGAAGACCACUGAAAAAUACUACCAUCUUGCCAACUCUAAGAACACCCUUUCCCUCUCUUUGGGCAAACAAGUGCUCCUAGAAAAUUAUUCCCUAGGAAAAUCAUUGACUCAGAAGCAAAUCGUUCAAUUGGCAUCAAAGGGUGAACAAAGAAAUGCUAUUAACGUUGUAUUGACAGCUUCCGAUGUUGCUGUUGAUGGGUUCUGCGUCAAUCGUUGUGGAACUCAUGGGUCGUCUAAAGGUGCUGUUAUUAAGGGCAAGACUUACAAAUUUGCUUAUAUUUGGGUUGGUAACUCAGAGACCCUAUGUCCUGGCUACUGCGCCUGGCCAUUCCACCAGCCCAUCUACGGACCACAGAGCGCACCAGUGGGUGCGCCAAACAAUGAUGUGGGUGUUGAUGGUAUGGUGAUCAAUUUGGCUAGCUUAUUAGCUGGAACUGCCACGAACCCAUUUGGAAAUGGGUACUACCAGGGCGAAGCAGACGCGCCAUUGGAGGCUGCAUCUGCUUGCCCUGGUGUCUAUGCCAAGGGCGCUUUCCCCGGCUACGCCGGAGAUUUAUUGGUGGACAAGACUACAGGUGCAAGCUACAAUGCACACGGUACCAACGGAAGAAAGUACUUGGUUCCAGCUUUAUAUGAUCCUUCAACAUCUUCAUGCUCCACUUUGAUUUAGAGUUUAGACCAUAGAGUGAGCACCGGUAUUCACAAAAUACUAGUAUAAUAAUAUUAUUGAGAAUAGAGUAGCAUCAUAGUAUAAGAUUUGUUUAUUCGUUCAUUUGGUUGAGAUAUGAUAAUAUAAGAGAAUAUUUCUUAAUGUUAA